AAUUGCGUUUCGCUAAGCAUGGGGUCCAGUGUAGCUCACCGCGGCAGUUGACAGGUUGUCCGUGAACAGCAGCAGCCAGCAGCCAAGUCAGAAGUCAGACCUUCACACACGAACAACAUGUCGGGGUCCGGAUCCUAUAAGGUAGAGACGGUGAUCAAGCAUGCCUGCACCACCAUAGGCGAGGGCCCUCACUGGGACGACGCUUCGCAGAGUCUCUACUACGUGGACAUCACCAACGGAGACGUGCACCGUUGGGACUCCAACACCGGCGUUGACAGUAAGAUCAAUAUGGGUCCGUUCGCUACUGUGGUAGUCCCGAGGAAGAAGGGAGGCUUGGUGGUGGGACUUGGCCGGAAGUUGGUAUCGGUGGACUGGGACACACAGGCUAUGGAGACGUUGGUGGAGGUGGACCAGGGCACAAGCAACAGGUUCAACGACGGGAAGUGUGACCCGAAAGGAAGACUGUUUGCUGGUGAGCAUGCGCAUGAGAUUGCACCAGCCCAGCCGGAGAUGGAGAUGGGGACGUUGUAUUCUCUCGACACCAACGGAGAUCUCAAAACACACGCCAGCAAAAUCAACAUCUCCAAUGGCCUGGCCUGGAGCGCUGACGGCCGCAUCUUGUACUAUGUCGACUCCAUCCCCGGCAACAUCUUCGCCUUCGACUAUGACGUCAAUACUGGAAACACGUCCAAUCAGAGGACAGUUGUUGACUGUGGUCCUGAGCGACGAUUUACAUACGGGUUCCCCGACGGCAUGACGAUCGACACUGAGAGGAAACUCUGGCUAGCUUGUUACAGUGUGGGCAAAGUGGUCCGAUUCGACCCAGAGACAGGCAAGGAGCUGUUGACGAUCGGGUUCCCAGGCGCUACUCGGACAACGUCUUGUUGCUGGGGAGGCAAGAACCUGGACGAGCUGUACGUUACUUGUGGGAAGGAGGGAGUCACAGACGAACAGUUCCUGACCUGCGACAACCUGGCUGGGUCAGUGUUCAGGGUGACUGGACUCGGCUUCAAGGGAACGCCAGCCAAUGUGUACGAGGGAUGAGGACAGUUAUACAACAAACUGUUAUACACGACUUCACCAGGGUUAUAGUUGCGCCUGUGUUGGAGUCCGCUUUGGAAACUACUUAUGUAUGAAAGUAUGUGUAUAUACAGGAGGGAGUUGGGACAGGGUUAGUCGUUGUGCGUCAUGGUGAGUUGAGGUGUUUGUCGUAACGUUUUAUUUAAGUGUAUUUCCUACACACAGGAACAGCCUUGUGAAGACGGUGCCUUGGUCUUAACAUUCAACAAUCUGUGCUCAUAUUUUACAUGUGUCUUAUCACCCAAGUGAUGGACAGGGAUGUUGUUUUGACAUUAUGCUUUGUAGAAAAAACAUAAAGGACGUUGCAAGAGUC